AUGACGAAGAGUAAAGGGAAAGCGAAGGCAUCAAAGAACCAGCCGAAGGUUACGCCUUUUGAACCCUCGUUGGCACCUGACCCACAAGCGGAUGAAGCUGUGACAAGUAUGAUGGCACACGCUUUACCCGCGGAUUCCUUUGAUGAAGUUACAACGGGCAAGACCAAGCCCAAGAAAUCAAAGAAAUCCAAGGAGAAGAAAAAUCCACCGAUGGAGUCAGCUGACGAGAUACCGAAGCACAAGCAGAUAGAAUCGGGACCGGGAGACCUAAUACCACACGGUAAAGGAGCCUUAAAAUCUGACUUAGAACAGGGGACGGACUCUGGAGGAGAAGAUUCAGACGAUCGGGACACAGAUGACUACCUGCGCGAACUGCGAAAAUUGGCGGCUGAAUUUUAG